AUGGCCUCUACCGCCAGCGUCACCGAGAACGUCAAGGCGAUGUUCGAGCAGGUUCCUCCCCCGCACGUCCUGACUGUUGCGGGUACCGGCGGCGGUGCCGGCAUCCAAGCGGACCUGAAGACGAUCACGGCUCUUGGUUGCUACGGCUCCAGUGUGCUGACGGCCGUGACGGCGCAAAACACGCUGGGCGUGCAGGGCGUGCAUGCGAUCCCGCCGUCGUUCGUCAUCUCGCAGCUGCAGAGCGUGUUCGACGACCUGCCCCCCGCCUCAGUCAAGUUUGGCAUGCUCGCCGGCGCGGACACGAUUCUCGAGCUGUCCCGUUUCUUCUCGGCGCUCAAGUCGCUGACGCCCUCGGCGCCGUAUCUGAUUCUGGACCCCGUCAUGGUGUCCACGUCCGGACACGAUCUGCUGAAGCAAGAAGCGACCAAGACGCUGCGCGACGAGCUCAUCCCCCUCGUCGACCUGCUGACGCCCAACAUCCCCGAAGCCGUUGUGCUCGCGGAGCGCACGGCCGAGAUCGAGGGUCUCGGGGACAUGAUUGCGCUCGCGCGCGAGCUGGCCCAGAAGGGCCCCGCCGUGCUCCUGAAGGGUGGACAUCUAGACCUCUCGGCGCGCGACGUGCGCCGCACAAAGCUCGAACAGGACACAAAGGUGUACCACCUCCGCCCCGACUCGCUCGUGUGCAGGGACUACGCGACGAGCCUCCAGCUCCCGGAUGCCGAGGAGGUGGUCGUCGACGUGCUCGCUGACAAGGGCGGGGUGAGGCUCUUCAUCGGCCCCAAGGUCAACUCGUCCUCGACGCACGGGACGGGGUGCACGCUCUCGGCCGCCCUGGCUGCGAACUAUGCCAAGCAGAGGGAGCGGGAGGAUCUCGAGGCUGAGGCGGAGCAGCAGAAGACGGACGGCGACGACGAGGGCAAGAAGAGGAAGCACCACAUCUCGGACGACACCAUCGCGGCCUCGAUCGCCUACGUCCAGGGCGCCAUUGCCGCCGCCUUCCCCAUGGGAGCCGGGCAUGGGCCGCUCAACCACGGCCAUCUCAGUAUGCAGCGCCCGCUGCCGCCGCCGACGACCGCGAAUCCGACGCCGUUCACGGACCACUUGAUCCGCUCCUGCGGCUCUCUGUGGGACGAGUACGUCCAGCACCCCUUCGUGGUGCAGUUGGGCCAGGGCACGCUCCCGCUCGACGCGUUCAAGCACUACAUCGUCCAGGACUGGCACUACCUGCGGCACUAUGCGCGCGUGCACGGCCUGGGCGCCUUCAAGGCGUCCGACUUUGACACGAUCCAGGCGUUCGCAGAGAUUGCACUGCACAUCGCAAAGGAGAGCGAGAUGCAUGUCGAGUACUGCAAGCAAUUCGGCAUCUCGCGCCCUCAGCUCGAGGCCGCGCCCGAAUCCACCGCCUGUUCCGCGUACGCGCGCUACAUGCUCGACGUCUCGUCGCAGGGCAACGUGCUCGACACGUACGUCGCCGUCCUCUCCUGCCUGAUCGGGUACGGCGAGGUGGGGCUGUGGCUCGCGAACCGCGUCGAGACGGGCGAAGCCACGCUCGAGGGCAACCCCUACAAGCGGUGGAUGGAGGAUUAUGCCGGCGAGGACUUUAUCGGCGCCGUGCGCAGGGGCAUCGCCAACCUCGAGCGGAGGGUUGCCGAGGACCCGCCUAGCGAGGCGCGCCUCGCACAGCUCACUGAGAUCUUUAGGGAGUGCGUCAAGCUCGAGCGCGAUUUCUGGCAGUCGGGCCUCGAGAUGAGUUACUAG